AUGGUGGACAAUCACGUGCUACAUCUUGAAGGCGCCAACGCUGAUGGCUUCGUGUACGGCAAUCCCAGUCGAAUGGGCGAUGUUGGCGGCUAUCGUGGUUGUGGUCAGAGACACAACUCAGGUUAUGAUGCCAUUGUAAACGAGGUAGACACUAUAAGACACAGGGUCUCAACGAUGGCCCAGGGCGCUCGUUACGCGGAAGACGCGACUAACGCUCCUGGGUACAGGUUUUCAGAACCGACGUAUUCACGACCUUCACACCUCCCAACGCGUAUUCCGCCCAUCCAAGCUACACGUCACGAAGCGGUAGUCGAGGUUCCGUGUAAACGAUGCGGACAAGUCGAUGAUGGGGAACCUGAGGGGCAAGAGCAGCGUGCAGCAUCACCACGAGUCUGCAGAAAAAAGGAUAUAAGCAAAGCAUUCCGUCACGUCUUCGCAUUGAAGGAGGGGUUUAAAAACUCGACGACUUACCAGCGUGACGACGACGAUUGGAGGACGACGAGGAGAAGGGAGUGGACGUCGACAUCGAAAGGAGGGAGGAGAACGUAUCUCUUCUCGCUUGCGCGGGUUCAGAUCCUAGGAACCGGGGACGGAGGAAACAAUCUUUUCGUAUCACUUGAAGUACAUUCAAUUCAUUUGCGAAAGAAGUACCGACUAACGCACACAGAUAGAUAUCUUCAUUAUGCGGAAUCACUCCCGUUUGCGAAAGGCGCAGAACGCUUGAAGAAAAUACAGGCCAACCAAAACCCUGACACGUCAAGAUGGAAUUUCCGUGUGUGCGGUUCAAGCGCGAUGCAGAAUCGGGGAAGGAGGAGCAUAUCCUUACUCAUUGCUCGGAAGCUACACUUGGACGAAAAUGAUGUAUUACGGAUGGAGGAACUUAGAGGGCAGUUCGGAAUACUGGUAUACGCCUACGAGUCAUAG